GUAGAUGGAUCCAGUCAUGGGAACCCACCAGAGAGAUGUCCCCGUCCUCUGUAUUCCUGGGAUUCCACACAGGAAGGUCACACCAUCUCUCACCAUCAUCAGCAUGAAGAACUCUUAGAUAUGAACAAUGAAACUAAAAAGGAAGAAGAAAAGAUGUAUUUGAAGGAUAAUCAGCAGUCUACAGAGGAGGUUGGGAUGAUAAGAACAAUUAAACAGGAGAAACCUUCCGUGGAUAUCAGCGUAGGUGAACAUGAUAUCCAGAAUGACGUAGAGGUAGAUCAUAAAGCAGAAGAUCAUGGUCCUACACAAUGUUCUCAAGGAGAGAACCCCAAGGAACAAACUAUACAUUGCCCAGAUUCCAAUGUAGAGAACUCAAUGGAUCCCUCUAAUCCAAAGAAACUUGAGAAAUCCCAUCCAAUUCUUUCCAAUGUUGAUACAAUAGCUGAUCCUUCUAAGCCUGGGAAACCUGAGAAAUCACAUCCCGUUGUUUACAGUGUUGAUGAAAUACCAAAUCCCUCUGAACUUGAAAAACCUUCCACCAAAUCCCACCCAAAUAUUUUCAGCACUGAUAAAUCACCCAUUCGAUCUAAUCCUGGGGAAUCGUCCUCGGAUAAAUCGCCUACUGGUAACCCCAAAGGCGAUAAGCCAUUUAAAUGUCUUAAAUGUGAUCGAUGGUUCAGAAUGAAGGCAAAUCUUGCUAGACAUCAGAGCAUGCACAAAGAGAAGGUCCCUCUUACACGUGAGGAGGUCUGGAACACUGUCAAAGUGCGUCCUUUUUCCUGUCCAGAGUGCGGGAAACGUUUUGCACGAAAAGGAAACCUCCUUAAGCACCAGAAGAUUCGUAAAGGCAAGCACGUUUAUCCUUGUUCCGAGUGCAGGAAAAGUUUCAUCCAUCACGCAGAACUUCUUAAACACCAAAGAACUCACACAGGCGAGCGUCCCUUCACGUGCACAGACUGUGGGAAGGGUUUUGCUCAGAAAGCAACUCUGGACGCACACAGAAGGCUGCACACGGGGGAACGCCCUUUUUCAUGUUCAGAGUGCGGGAAAUGUUUCAGCGGAAGAGGAAACCUUGCUAAACAUCAAAGAGUCCAUACAGGCGAGAAGCCUUACUCGUGUUCGGAGUGCGAUCGGUCUUUCACGCAGAAAGGAGAACUUGUUAGACACCAGACCACUCACACGGGCGAACGUCCUUAUUCGUGCCCCGAGUGCGGGAGACGUUUCCCCUACAAAGGGAUACUAAAUGUACACCUGAGGCGCCACAAAGGUGAGCGCCCUUAUUCGUGCUCGGAGUGCGGGAGAUGUUUUCACCGAGAAGGGAAACCUCCUUAUGCACAUUAAAAGGCACCUGGGAGAGCGUCCUUUCCCAUGUCGGGAUUGCGGGAGAGCUUUCUCUCUCAAAAGUGACCUUGUUAGGCACCACCUUCGAAAACAUGCAGACCAAUGA